AUGGGUAUAAUCUAUCUUGCAAUGGGCAUUAAUGGAUUGAUAUUGAAAAGAGAAAAGCGCGAACAACAACCUGAAAAUUUGGAUUCUACAUUAGAACCCCAGGGAACAACAAAAUCAGGAUAUGCUUAUGAUGCUUUUGGAAUUAUUAGUUCUGAUGAACCCUUCUCCUCUUCCUCUUCAUCUCCAAGAGAUCCGCCUCUACCUCCUCCAACUCUAAAAGCCCUGGAUCCAUCUACAGAAGAGCCAAAAACCUCAACAUUAAUGCCAACAACAAUUUUACCAACAACGACAACUCCAGUUCCAACAACUACAACGCCAAAACCAACUACACAUAAAACUACUAAAGCACACAAAACAACGAAAAAAGCAAUAAAAAUAUUUAUAAAUUCAGAUCCACUACCAGAAGGUAAAGGUGAUAGAAAGAUUAAAGCAUUUGGACGUCUUUUGAUUCCGAGUGAUACUGGGUCAGCUUGA